AUGUCAACGGAAGCUGUAAAGAAAAGACUUCUGCUUUCUACUAGUGUGCUCAAUAUUCCACUAGACCGCACACCACGGGAAGCAAAAGUUAAUGACGUUUGUGCCGCUGCAAAGCUUCUACGCCGUCGUCUACUCCGAGAGCAUACUUUUGUUGUCGAAAAAAUUCAGCAAUUGCGUCAGCGACAAGUCUAUGAUGAUGAAACCGACGAUGGCGAAGAUGAGGAAAUCACUUACAAAAAAGAGUCUGUUUCCCAUGAGAACCCUAAUUCUAGUUCCUCCUAUAACCCUGAUCUGUGCGCAAAACAAACAUACCGACAUGAAUUCAUGUUAUUAGCUGAUUUACAAGUAGCAGAAAAAAAUGUUAUUCCUGUAUUAUUAGCACAUGGUAUUAAGUUUGUUGAAAACUUGCUUCCACAGUUGCUGAAACUGCUAAUUGCACUGCUUCUACCAGUUCCACGGUUUUCCGAUCAGGAAUCACAGCAAAAGGAUUUACUGACGAGAAUCAAAGUCCGAUGCGGUACGGAUCAAUUUUUCGCUCUUAUGGUGCAAAUUGUUGCAGAUAUCGCGAUGAAACGUGCUUCUGGUAAAGCAUCCCAAAGUGAUUUUUCUCUUUUGAAUAUCGUGCUGACCACAAUCUCGUAUCUUCUCGAAGGCCAUCCACGGGAUAUCUCAACGGUAGCAGGGUCUUUUUGCCGUACUCAAGGUGUCGAAUUGCUACUUGUUAUUGUCAAUCAAAACUAUGCAAAGGUAAAGCCGUCUUCAGUGGAAAAUAUGGAAACUACAUGCCCACCUCCUGUGAGUGAGGAAACUAAUAAUAAUCCCCACAAUAUCAAAAUACAUGAUUCAAGUAACUCCAAUACAGUUAAUAAGUUGGAUUUGGUGGUUGGUCAUGAAAUCGAAAGUAUCAGUGAGGAUAUGUCCUCUACAGGGCAAAAGGUUGUAGUCCUGAACGAAGAUUCUACGUCAGAAGACAAUGAAACUGGGGAAGAUUUUAUUACUAAGGAAUCUUCAGCACUAGCACGUCAAUUUGAGCAAAGAGUAAAGGACUAUUUUGAAAGUGAACAGCAGCUGUGGAAAUGGAACGUAUUGGUGAUAAAAUCGCUCUCAAGUGUCCUUUCGUGCGUAUCACCUAUCGAAAUGGCGCAACUCAGCAUCUCAAACAAUCUAGCCUCGUCAUCUUUGUCGCUAAGUGAGCGGCAGAAUAUUCCGUUUCGUGGUAAUGAACAGCUCAAGGCGUGCAAACAGGAAAAUGAUAAGUGGCAUUGCAUUGCACGAGGACGAAAUGGGGCCAUGAAUUCCAGCAGCAUUCUCGUACGCCCCGACCCCAAGCGAGCUUUCCUCGGUGUUAAACAAAGCGAGGAUGACCACGGGGACGCGAAACAGCGCGUUGGCGGUCGUGCGAUUGGCUCCGUAUCGACACUGCUAAGCACUAAACGUAAGGACCCGCUUGAGGCGAUGAAGGAUAUCGAUUUCCGAAAGCGGGGUCGCUUUGUGAGUGGCAUGUUUCAGGGCGCCACCCCCUUCAGUGAUAUCCCACUACCCACAAAGAUCCAACUAUCUCAACAAAUCCGUUCCUUCUUAUGUUUUGGUUUUGAGCCACUUAGUGUGAUGACAUGGACAAGGCUUGAGGGCGUUAUUCAGAAUGUCGAUCAGUCGACGAAGGAAUAUAAGGAGAUGAUAGCGGCCUACCGUAACUCCGAUGAAGUGACAGAAAUAACCUCACCAUUUGAAGCCAGCGUCUACGAAUCCUUCUCCAACGUCUUGGGCUACGUCAAAACUUCUACAAGUUUUUUGGCCUAUAUUCGCGAGACUGCUCGAAUCAUGAAGCAUGAUAAUAUUGGAUUUACCUCAUCCCCCUUUCAGCAACAAUGGCAAAGUGUGUCAUCAAUCAUUUCGCUAGGUCAUCUUGAGGGUGGCUUCUCUAUGUUGAGGUCAUUCUUACAGUGCAAAGACCUUCGUCAGCGUCUGGAUAUGAUAGUGGUUGUACACUAUCUUUCGGAGAUGCUUCUGGUUUUGACGCUUCUGCUAGAAGGGGAUCUGAUUCAGGACGCUGCUGUGGCAGUCGCCGCACACGCCUUGGUCUCCUCCAUACUCUACAAGGAAAUAAACAUUAAGACAUUCUUUGAUCUCAUAGGUCUCUGCACAGGAAAUAGGAAACUUAGUCUGGCGCAUGCUCAAGCCAUAAGCUUGUUCAUGUACGCCGUGUUUCAGCUUAUGGAUCAGUGCAGCUAUAAGGGCCGCUUGCUGCUGAUGAAGCGCCCCGCACCUAAUCAUCGCCAAAAAGACACUGACCCGGUUGGUUUAGAUUCUGCUGCUCAAACCAAGCUACAAAAUACGCAAGAAGUAAUACCGCUGGGCGCAGCAAGCAUGACUGCGGAUACAACGAAAAGUAAUGUAAGUGGUAUUAGUGAUCAAAUCCCGGAACUGCAAACUGAGCUGCGUGAGAUAGGGGAUGAUAAUGGUGUGAACAGUCCCCACUGGAAGACCUUGGCGCAACUUGAUAAUGAGUUCGUAGAUAACGACAAGGUGUCAGAUCCUUUGAAAGCAACCGCACCAAUAUAUGUGGCUAAUGACAAUGAUAAAGCUGAAGCUGUGGAAUAUUUGCCUAUAAAUGAGGCUAUGACUCAUCCCAUAAAUGGCAUGUCUAAUGAUGAUGGAGUUGACGUCACUGCAAGGGAGAUGUCAUGCGCGUUAUCUGAGGCCCAUCCCGCCUCUGUGGCUUCCAGCAGCAUCAUUACCUCAGAACGAGAGGUAUCGACAAGGAGCUAUUUCCACAGGAUCGCAACUCCAAAGCAUAUGAACAUCAUAAAAGUGACACUACAGCAUUGGCGUCUAAACGACGCUGAUGUAAAUCUUGGCCUUACGUACUUGAUAAAGAAGCUUCUGGAAGAGGGUUGCGAAGGUGCAUUUUACAAUGUUAGUUUCCUUUUGAUUAUUCGAGAUGUUAUUGUGAAUGGAAAACGGAGCCAUCGACCCCUUUAUGACGUUUGCGAUGAGUUGGCAUACUUUUUUUUCAAUCCAAACUUUGCCAAAGUAGCAGAUGAACGCACAAGAACCCUUCUCAAUGUAAAUGAGCUGCCCAUGGUAAGUGGAUCUCAAUCGUUUCUUGGGUUUGAAGUUUCCCUUCGAUGCGCUCGAUCCCUUUUCAACUACAACCCCACAGACUACAAAAUUCUAGAAGAAAAGGCUAUACCAGCCAUGAUGGACUACACAGUGUUGGAGCUCCCUGAAUGGUCAUCCUCUCAUGAUAAUGUCGAUGAUCCAGGCUUAGAAAGGCAAAAUUCUACGACUACGAUAAACUUUAACAGUGUUCACGGCAAUAGUACAACGCUAGUAGGACGGGAAGAAACAUUGACACAGGAACAUAAUGAAGAAUAUGUCGGUAGGGAAGGGGAAGAAAAAACUCGAAAAAGGGAAAGGGAACAAUCUGAGAUCGAAUGGCAAACCGUAGGGGUCAGCGAAAACUCUGGACCUAAGUGGAACCAAACAGAGGAAAAAAAACAAGGAAUGGAUAAUGCUGAUCGCGAAGCAAAUGAAAACGACAUCGUGGUUUCAUAA